AUGGACCCCUCCGCCCCGCGCGAAGAGCCCUACCCCGCCCCGACGAAGCAAGCCUCCGGCUCCGUCAACGGUGAGCCCACCGAGGCCUCGUGCACCAACUUCUCCGACAAGAUCAUGAUCACCAUCUCCCAAGGCGGCCGUCUGUCCCAAUGGGUAAAUAAACACAAUCCCCCCCCACCCCCAACCCCUCCGCUUUCAUAUUUCAUCAAACCUCUCUUAUCGCUAACCCUCCCGGGCCCGCCGCAGAUCCAAGUCCCCCUGUCCGCCCCCUCCCCAGCCCUCCUGGACCUCUCCCUCCCCGGCGCGGAGGGGCCGGCCUCCACCCUGCCCUCGGCGCACCUGACCCCCAAGACGCUCCUCGGCGGCGGCGGCGAGGACCGCGAGACCCUGGGCCAGCUGUACGCGGCGCAGAUCGGCAGCCACCUGAGCCUGCGGGACCCGGAGGACCGGCGCACGCUCGUGCUCGGCCUGGGUCUCGGCGGGCCGGCCGGGUCGUACGGCCGCGAGGCCUUCUUUGACGUGCUCGAGCUGGUGCAAAAGGUGCUUUGA